AUGGAGCUGAGAAUUGUUGAACAAGGGUUCAUUAAUAACAUCAAUGCAUCAUAUUGCAAAUCUCGUUCUGCUCUUGUUUUUGAUGGUUGCAUUGACUGGUUGGUGGAUCUCAAGAAAUACAUGUCUCUGGCAGGUGAGCCAGUCCGCGUGAAAUGCGCCCUUUUCUACAGCUACAUCCGGACUAACUACAGCAUGGCUCAAAGCACGGGACUUCGGCUUAUGUGGUACAAAAACAAAGGUGACAUGGAAGAGCCCAUUAUCUUCUCGGAAGUGAGGAUGAGCAAAGAUGAAGACUCGAUUUGGUUUCAUGCAGCAGAGGUUCAAGAUAGUGGCUUCUACACCUGUGUGCUAAGAAACUCAACAUACUGCAUGAAGGUGUCAAUGUCCUUGACAGUGGCUGAAAAUGAAUCAGGUCUUUGCUACAACAGCACAAUUCGCUACUUAGAAAAAUCAGAAAUCACUCGAACCAAGAUCAUUUCCUGCCCUGAUAUUGAGGAUUAUAAGACUGGAAACCGAGAGCCAGAUGUCAUUUGGUACAAGGAGUGUAAACCAACAAUGUGGAGAAGUCUAGUUGUUCAGAAAGAAAAUACUCUUCUAAUACAAGAUGUUGAAGAAGAAGAUGGUGGAAAUUACACUUGUGAGCUAAAGUUUGAAGGAAAGCUAAUAAGACGAACAACGGAGCUCAAAGUUACAGCUUUAGUCACUAAGAGGCCUCCCCAGCCUUUGUACCCCAUGGAGAACCAGACGAGCAUUCUACACGUCCAGCUGGGUCAGCCGCUAACUGUUGCCUGCAAAGCAUUUUUUGGGUUUAGCGGAGAGUCGGGUCCCAUGAUCUACUGGACACGGGGAGAGAGAUUUAUUGAAGAACUUGAAAAUCACAUCAAAGAAGGUGAAAUCAGGCUUCUCAAAGAACAUCUCGGAGAAAAAAUAGUGGAGUUAACCUUAAUCUUCGACAUCAUGAAAGAGGCAGACCUGGCCAAUUAUACAUGCCAUGUAGAAAACAGGAAUGGAAGGAAACAAGCUAGCAUUAUUCUGCGAAAAAAAGACCUGAUCUCCAAAAUUGAACUUGCCGGAGGUUUGGGAGCCAUCCUUCUCUUGUUGAUUUUGCUUAUUACUAUUUACAAAUGCUACAAUAUUGAGCUGAUGCUGUGCUACAGACAAACGUUUGGAGGUGAUGAAGCCAUGGAUGACAACAAGGAAUACGAUGCCUAUCUCUCUUACACCAAAGUGGAUCCAGACACACUAGACUGUGACAACAGCGAAGAAGAACAAUUUGCCCUUGAAAUCUUGCCAGAUGUCCUGGAGAAACACUAUGGAUACAAACUUUUCAUUCCGGACAGGGACCUGAUCCCUACUGGGACAUACCUUGAAGAUCUCACAAGAUGCAUUGAACAAAGCCGAAGGCUCAUUAUCGUGCUAACUCCAGACUAUGUACUCAGAAGAGGCUGGAGCUUAUUUGAAAUGGAAAACAGACUCCAUAACAUGCUUGUUAGUGGCGAAAUCAAAGUAAUUUUCAUCGAGUGCCCUGAAUUAAAAGGCAAAGUGAAUUAUCAAGAAGUGGAAUCUUUAAAGCACACAAUUAAACUUUUUUCGGUAAUCAAGUGGAAUGGGUCAAAAAGCAGCAAGCUGAGUUCUAAGUUCUGGAAGCACUUGCUCUAUGAAAUGCCUGCCAAGAAAAAAGAGGUCCUGUCACGGCGGCAAGUCCUGGAUUCCGCCGAGCAAGGUCUCUUUGGGGAUCUCCAAACGGUGCCUUCCAUCGCUGUGACAGACACCUCUGCCUCCUUGGUUGCAUCGCAGGCAGACCUGGGCGAUUACCAACAACCAGAUCCAGUGCAGACGAGACAUUACUGCAGAGGCUACGAGUACAACAUGCAGUCUGCCACCUUGCCACUGGCCGCCAUAAGCAGCAAUCACCACACUUACUGUAACAUCCCUCUGACGCUACUCAACGGACAGCUGCCUCUCAGCAGCGGCAUAAAAGAUGCGCGGGAGUUCCACCGGAACAAUCCCUUGCUUCCAUUAUCCACGAGGGAGCUCAGUUUCACCAGCGACAUAUGGUAG